UCCGUCAUCAAUCACGGCGCCUUAAAAAAGUCUUUCCGUUACGCUACUGCGAGUCGGCAAACUACAAGAGCCAGACGGCUGGCGCCACGAUUAUAUUCGCCCACUCCCUCCCCAGAGUGUACUUUUACAACUAAACACAAGCCCAACAUUCAUGUCAAAUUCAGUAAAGCAUGUGCUGCAGACUGGUUCGGUUCACAACCACGCUCCCUCUAUCCACACCACUCAGCUCAACGUGUCUCAUCCAGGAGGAAUUUAAGGAACUAUUGUGUAUCAGUGACGAUCUUAUGUGUUACGGAUUAUGACUUAUGGAUUGUAUCAUAUGAAAUUUAAAGAAACGAAUAUGGCAAUUUCGGUAGUGGAAGACAUGGGUUUUUGCUCUGGAGAGGACUACCUCGAGAGCGACAUCCAUUCCCCAACCGACACAAGCGAGGACAGUUUGGAAGUCAAGAUUUCGCCCAUACAGUCGAUGAAAGCUAAACGGAAGAACCAAGACACAUUUUCGGGGCCACUCAAGAAACGCAUGUGUCUCAAAGUCAAAGCCGAAGAAAGUCACCCGUUCAGGCCGUGGAGUCCCCAAAACAAGUUGCAGACUGGCAACACGAAAGUGAUAAAAAGUGACUAUAACUCCGUGAACACUUUAGUGCCUUCCGCGCCCAGUUUUUUGUACAACAAAAACGACGGAUAUUUUAGGCCGCCGUCGCCCAUUCGCGACGAGCCGGUCUCGCUUGUGAAAAACCGGGAGAACGUUGUCGUAAGUGAUAAGAUCGAAUGUGAUAUAAAAACUGAAGUGCCCAGAGUGCCGGUCCAUCCGACGAACCUGACCCCGCAGGAGACGGAGGAGGCAAUCCAGACGGCGACUGAAAGUUUCCCUGCCCUGCAACAGAACUCUAAGAAAACCGAAAGCAGUCGCAGGGAGCAGAGGAAUUACAAGAAUAUGACGCGGGAGCGGAGGAUCGAGGCGAACGCUAGGGAAAGGACAAGAGUACAUACGAUUAGUGCCGCUUUUGACACUUUGCGAAAAGCCAUUCCUUCCUAUUCCCACAAUCAGAAGCUUUCCAAAUUGUCGGUUUUGAGAAUUGCAUGCAGUUACAUCAUGACGCUUUCCAGUAUGGUCUCCGAGGAGAGCACGGAGGAUACGGCCGAAUGUGUCGACUUGGUCACAAAAACCAUACAGAAGGAGGGCAAAUUAAGAAAGAAGAAGGACGAUAACGAUUAGUUAUCGACUGUGCAACCAUACAUUUUUCCAAUUCGAUGUCUUUUGAGAUUUGUAUGAGCGCAUUUUAUGCUAAUAAUGGUGCCAAAUUAAAUGAACAAGACUUAAAUUGUUAUAUUGUUAUGUUCCUAUUAAAAUUAAUGUUGCCUUCAGUAAAAAUGCAAAAUUCCAUUUUUUUACUUGAUUUCUGCCAAAUUGUUUGUACUUAUUUAUUGUAUAUAGUUUUUAAAUUAUUUAAUAUAUUACUGAUUAAAUAUUGUUAUUUUUUA